AUGAAGCUUCUAAGGUUCCUCUGGCCGUACGGGGUGUCGUACCGUCGGCCAGAGGGACAAGAGGCAGAAUGGACAACAGCUACGAUUUUUCCAGCACAGUCGUCUGUCGCUGCCAAUGUCGCGCGACGGUUCGAAAAGGGCAUUCGUCUGGCGUUGGGAGGUGCGUUGGUGUACGUUCUCUCGAUGAUCGAUAUUCCCUCGCUUGACUACUCUUUUCGGUAUGUUGCUCCAUUCGUCUACUGGGUGGUCGCCUCCCUCACGCCACCGUUCUGGAGUACUGUGCCACUCCUGCUUUUCGCUGGCUUGUUUUGUAUCGUCUGCGUUUGCGGGUGUGUGAGCGCACUGGUGGCCUUGAUGACCCUCGGCGACCCGCACGGAAAGAUUGCAACAGUCCUUAUAUUUGCUCUGUUUGUGCUGUGGGCCCUUGGAUUAAAUGUGGGGAAGUACAAGGAGAUGACCGUCAUAGGUUCCUACAUUUUCAUGUAUGUGAUGCCGCUCGCAACGCUCAUUGCACUGCCAUAUGGUGUGGGAGGAGUUACGAUUCCCAUUUCCGCGGAGAUCAUCGCGAAAAUGAAGGCUUUGCUAGAACAGGCAGCGGGAACGCCGGAGGCGUUGGAAGCGAUCAUUAAGGUUUUGGCUGGUUACUUGGGAGAAGACCCCGCGAGUGUACAGUCAUUCAUAGACAAGUUUUUUUCAGAUCCGCGAUUUGUUAACCUGAUUAUCCUGAAAAUCAACGCCCAGACACACGCAAACGUGCCACUGUUUCCAUUCAACGGAAAAAUCGAUCCCGUGGUCGUCCUGCAAAAGCUUGUAAAACUCUUUUUUUCGCUUUUCUCUGGAGACGAGCUCAUCGAUCUCCACUUCCCACUCAAAGACGUCAAUGAACUAGAUCCAGCGUAUAACUGGCUCAAUGGUGCUCCGUGCAGUGUGUACGGGACACUUAAUUCGGGUAUCUACGUCACUGUCGAGACGGGCCUUUGGUUAAUCAAUGUUCUCUGGACUGCCGACGGCCGAGUGGGCUUUCUGCGUAAUCUCAUUGCAUUUGCUGCUCUUGGCUACGCCAUUUGGAUCCUCGUGAUGCUCAUACCUCCCAUUCAUCGGCAGCGCGACGUCGUCCGGAGAGAUAUGGCAAACUGCACUAUCAAUAUCAACCGAUGCCUCCGAGCGACGCGAGAGGUACUUCACUGUUUAGAGGGUCCCCGAGGUCCAGUGGGGCAAGAUGGAGGACGAAAUGACUCGCGCUGUGCAUUGAGUCCAUCUGGACGGAGCAACGAUCCCACCAGGCAUCGUCCUGCUUGUCCGCCUGCCGGAUCACCAACAGGCGCGGGUGGCGCCAGCAGCAAUUCCCACACGGUCAAUACGCCUUACCGUGGCUCGAGCCAUCAAGAGGACAACUCAAGGGGAGGGUGUAAGAGUCUGGGAGUCUCGCAUGGAACAGGGCUAGGUUCAAGCCCGUCGUACAUAAAGGCAAUCUCUUUCUCCUCAGCAAAAUUUGUAGAGGCAGUCGUGCCGUUGAAGCAGUCCAUUAUUAAACUGACUGAGGAUCAAAAGCGUGUGUUCAUGUCGGCGAUGGAGCCUUAUAUGCUUAGUGUAGGUCCAAGAGUUUUCGUGAUGAAGGAGGUGAACGAGGUUCGGGAGCGGCUUCUUCAGUGCGCCACUUACGUGCAACAGCUUUGCAAAGUGCUGUUUGACGUUGUACGGACGAGCGUAGUUAGUAGUGAGUUCUCCAUCUGGACACCGACAGUGUACAAAAUUGAAGCGAUCAUCGCGAAGGCCGAGGAGCUUUACCAGACUUGUGGAGAGCUCAUCAUGAUGCAGCCUGCAACAAUCAACCGCGAAGGACAGCGUGAGAUUGUGGAUGAGAAGCUUGCACAUCUGAAAGAGCUCGAGGCGCAACUUGCCAGUCUGCAUCAGGAAAUUAGUACUCUCGCGAACGAAGCAACUGACAAAGUUUUCUACGAGUUCGGCGGUCCUCCUCGGUCUACUGAAGACGAUCAGUUGUCCAGUCGACGUCGUUCUCCCUCGGCCUCCCCAGCCUCCAAUGUUGACACACCAUCGCCAACUAGCCCAGUAGGCCCGAAGAAGAUCCAAGACAUGGAAGCAGCCCGUCCAGCGCAGCCGACGACUCAAUCAGAAGGCGAGUUCGGCUCAUCGCCGCCGAGUCUUCUCGAAGCGGGUAUCCCAGCCCCCCAAGAAAGUCCUGAGGUUGUUGGGCAUCUCGAGUCAUUUGGAUCGCCGUCAAGGCAACAUGAUCCAACUGAGGGGGUUGCUGGUGCUGUGGGUCCGGUAGAUGGAGCACCGCCAAAACGUGGAAAUUCGGAGAGGUUUGAGGGCAGGCAGGGUACUGAUGGAGUUGCGGACGCAAGGACGCGGCGAUUUCACACUCACGUGGGUCACAAAUGCGUCUCGAAGUAUUCGACAUCUUUUGCUUCCUUAGACCAGAAGGAGGCGCGAAACGUCAGCAGGACGAUGGACCACAUGCCGUUAUCGAUGGCACUUAUUGCCAAGUACCAUGCGGCCUAUAAGGAGCCGGUAGCUCUGGCGAGGGCUGUCCAAGCGUUACACGAGGCUCAACGACGUAAAUCGUGGAAAAAUGUUCUCUUGAACAUCGCAUUCCCCUUGCUCCCGAUGGUGGUUCACGCGGCAAGGCUUACUAUUACACCUCUUCAACAAUUUAUGUUCUGGCGCAAGACGUGGCGUGGUCGAGAUGCUUGGUGGCGAGAUCCAGAAUUCUGGCACCUCGUCAAGUUCUUCAUUCCCAUGAUCACCCUUUUUUCACUCGCUGUCUUCAACAAAGAUGUGCUGCAAUAUACUUGGGGGCAACAGCUCACAGAUGAUCCGAUGAUUCUGGAUUACUGCCUCCAAGGGAUCACGACGCGCACAGUGCCGUGGAUCAUGCUCGGGUUCCUCACUUGCCUCCAAACGACGUACAACGGGACGGUUUUCCGCGGCAUGAAUCGUAGUGUCGGUAUUAUUGCAGGAUCGGGAGCCGCGUGGGUUGUGAUGUACGUCUGCGGCGACAGCGUGGCGAAAAUUGUUUGCUUCAGCGUUGCCAUGCUCUUCGUCGUCGUCUUUACCACAACUGACACACAGAAUCCAAACUACGGCUUCCACUCUGUUUGGGGCUACGCAGGCAUGGUCUUCACGUACACGCACGCUCUUAUUGUUGGACUUUCCUUCGAGUCCCUCGGAGGUCUCACGGGAUCUCGAGAUUACCUCGUUGUGACCAGAAUAUUCUCCAAUCUCAUCGGCAUAUUGCUGGCUAUCGUUGUAGCUCAUCUGCCACCAGUCUGCAGUGGAAAUAACUCUGCGGCGGAGCGGUACGGCGAUUCUCUGAAGUGCUGCGCGAAGGCCAUAGAGAAGACAGUCCAAUAUUUCUUGGAGGCAUCUGAACCCGUCAACGACCCGGUGCUGCAAAAAGUGUCGAACUUCCAAUUCAAUACACAAGUCCCUCGCCCUGCUACCAACUCUCCAGAAUCCUUCGCCACAACAGACACUUUGCACCAAGCCUCGCGCCUCGAUGCAUUUUCCCCUGCAGUCGCUCACGCAGACGCUGCGGGCGCGGUGACCGUUGCUGCUGCGGCCCAGAACGCCGUGCAUGGGACUGUUCCGGUGGAGAUAAAUGAGUCUUCCGCAUUAACCUCGGCUGCUGCUGACAAAGCAGGAAGCCAGGCAAAGGCGGCUAGCCCGUGCGGAAAUAGCAAAGGCACAGAUGGCGUUCCACUGUGCGGGGGCUUUGAGGGCGGCGCAAACGGUGCCACAAUGCCGAGUGUGAGAGACAUGGCAGAAGACUCUCUGCAGGAGGCUCUGAGGCUUGUUCGAGGACCGGCGGCAGACUACCUCGAAGCAGGACAACGCUUUUACAAGGAGGGCUGCAGCAAGCUAGUGUACUUUCCGUGGCAUACGAAUCCCGUGCUUGAGGAAGUUUAUCUGGCUGUGGGGAGUAUGAGGAACCGUGUCGAAGACAUGUGCGAAUUGCUCAAGGACUUCAUGACCGAAGGCUAUGGCCUGGACGAUCGAAUGUUCGCGUUCUCUGAACCGGCGGUCAUUGACAAGGAAGAAGAGAACUUGUCGGGAAAACAGGCGCGUCCUGGCAGUUCUCUAGGGGAUGUCGCAGAAGCUCCAACUCAACAGUGCAAAGAAAGUCCAGAAGCAGGGGGUGAACGUGCCAGCGGAGCCGAAGCCGGUGAGAGAGCUGCAGACGGUACUGCGUCACCACCGGAGAUUGUCGUUCACGCCGCUGCCAGCUCGAAGAUAGAGCGAGGCUUUGGAGACAAGCGGAAAGGCAGUCUGUAUGUGCUCAAAGAAGGCAAUGCAACGGCAAUCACCGAGCUCUUCAAAACACAUUCAGGCGCCCAGCUUCGACGUGAAAUGGCAGUUGCUGUGCGGGCGUUGACCGAAUUGACGGAUGCGGUGACGAUGGAGUUGAGGCUUCUUGUCCCAACAACUGUCGAUAGGUUCAUGACGGGUAUCUCCUUCUCAAGAAAGAAGACCCAGGUUGAUCCAGAACUUCCAGAUGCGGUCCAUGAAAGGUGCCGCGACCACGCAGAAACCGCUUUCAGUCACUUAUUGCUGACGUUGUCCAGCUGUCUGGUGGAACACCGGUUGCUCUUCGAAGAUAGUAUUGCUCGAAGGCGCGCGGCGGCUUUCACCGUGAUGGCGAUCAUAUAUUACCUGGACAUGCAGAAGCGGUCUCUUGAUAUUAUUCGCGAGUCUCUGGUUGCUCGUCGCGGAAACAAUCCCCAGGAUAGCUGGUGUCCGUGGUGUUGCAGACCAGGCGUGGAGACACUCGGUAUUGACUAAGGGGUGUUUUCUGUCCGGUGCAGACAAUUUGGUGACAUAGUCUUUUCUGGUGUGUGCUAGGGACAGUAUUUGCCCCGGAAUUUUAUCUGCACGAACAAUUUGAUCUGAGAAUUAUGGUGUCGAGGGUCGUGAAUGCGGUAUCUUGUGUUCGGUCUCCUUAACAGUGUCACUUCACUGCGUGUUCUGUCGUUCCUAGAAAACUUGUCCCAGCGGAUCCUCAAGACAGGGCCUUUGACUAUUCACUCAGGAUAAUGUCCCAUAUUCGUGUGGAUCAGAAUGCGUGCUACAAAUGUACACGUCUUCCGGGUUAUGCUCCACAUCGUAGUUUUCUGUCGGGAUUUUUUUUCCAUGCACCUUCGGCCGCAUGGAGCGACAUUUUCAAGAGAGUCUGUUUUAGAAUGCCCCGAAACAUAUCGCAUGCUUGCGGUUUCUGCACCCGGUGCACACUUCUGCUGUCAACAAGAGAAUAGUCUGUCACGGCAUUUGAACGCGAUGACGUGCGUUUGAAGCAAACGUUUUUUUGGAAGGGGAUAAGAGAGAAUCAUCUACACUUAAUGCGGUCCUGACAGCUCGCUGCUCAAUGGCAUUCGUGUCGUUGUUGUCCGUG